AUGACGCGCAAAACAGGCGAAGAAGUCAUCAUCGUCGGCAUGAAAAGUGGCGAGGCGUACAACGGUCGCAAAGCGCUUUGGCUCAACUACGACAGAGAGAGAAACCGACAUCGAAUUAAAGUUUUCGUGAACAACGGCUUGGACGACGAGAUCUUACUCGUCAAAGGAGAAAACAUCACGAGCGAUAAGAAGUUCCUCAAAGUGCACCCGGAAUACGACACGCCGCAUAAACGUACGCGAGUGCAGACGCUGGACGAAGUUUUGAAAGAGAACGAGGAGAAGAAGAAGAAGGAAAAAGCGCAAAAGAAACUUUUUAUCGAAAAUCCAUUCGUAAAGAAGGACGGGAAAAUCGUGGCGAAGCCGAAAGCGAAACAUUUCGCGACGGUGAAAAAAAGAGGAUGGACACCCGGCGCGUACGCGAGAGCCAGAGCACAAACGGCAGCACGUGGAAGAGAAGGAGGGCGUUUCGCUCGCCGCGACGAGAAAGAAGACGAGUACGAAGAAGAAGAUUUUUUUUACGACGAGCGCACCGCGGAUCGAAAAGUUUCGGUCAUGCGACAGAAACUUCUCGCGAUGAAUAUGCAACUGAACGCGCGGUUCAGCUCGGAUAACCUCAAAGAUGCGCUCGUGAAAACGCACGGCAACGUCGACGGUGCAAUCGACGCGCUCCUCGAAUCCAAACGAGGUACUGUCGAAGAAGAGGAAAGAAGAAAGAAGAGAGAGAGGGCGACGACGGACGCGGAGAACGAAGUCAUCGUUUUGAAUUGA